AUGGAAGCGAACGGCGGACCCUCAACUACACCGGAGGGACAACAUGAAACGGACUCUCUAAACCAGAUCAAACACGUUCAACAAACCCCGGAAAACUCCAACAGUCAUACGAAUGACGCAGAAGAAGUACGGCCGCCGUUACCACCGCGUCCCGGGACCAUUGAUCUCUUAAGUGAAGGGAACGCAUUCCGUACGACGCCCACCAGAUCGAACUUGCAGUCCCAUGCGACAACAGCCCUGUCUUUAACAGAUAUUACCGGUCAAACAAAUCCAGAUGGAAAAGAGAAUUUUGUUACCGGUUUUGGACGUACUUUAUUAGGGAGAGGGCUACGAGCAAAGGCUAGUCUAAGUCAACUAAAUAGUGCUCGCGCCAGUGAGGCUGGCGACACUGCCAGUGUAGUGAGCUAUGUACCGAACUCCGAGGAAGGUCAGGAGGAAAGUCUAUUUGGGGAGUUCGCGAAUGAAAAUAAUGCGCAGGAUCAUGAGGACGUGGAAAUUCUAAGCCUUGACGAAUAUCCCCAGGACGGUACUGAACUUGAAUUUGUAGAAGAAUUUGAGCCAAUUGGGCAACUAGACGAGGAUGGCGAAAAUGAAGAAUCACUUCUCCAAAAAUGGAAAGCGAAGCGAAAGCAUUAUUUGAUCCUAUCAGCUGCUGGAAAGCCGAUAUAUACUCGACACGGUGACAGUGGUUUAGUGUCUGGCUAUAUCGGUAUCAUACAAACGAUUAUCUCAUUCUACCAAGACGCAGACGACACCUUGCGGAGUUUCAUGGCAGGAGAUACGAAGAUUGUCAUCCUAUCAAAGACUCCGCUGUAUUUGGUUGCUAUCAGUCGUUUAUUGGAAAGCGAGAGUCAUCUGAGACUUCAACUGGAUGCGCUGUAUAUGCAGAUACUAUCGACCUUAACACUCCCAGCCUUAAAUCAUCUAUUUUCAAUUCGACCAUCUACAGAUCUGAAGAGACCUUUACAAGGUACCGAAACAUUACUUUCUUCGCUUGCUGAUUCUUUCACAAAGGGUUCUCCUACGGCUCUUUUAUCGGCAUUGGAAUGCUUGAAAUUACGCAAGUCGCACCGGCAAGUUAUCAAUAAUCUCUUACUCAAAAACAGAGCGGAGAAACUCCUUUACGGACUGGUGGCCGCUGGCGGCAGACUGGUCAGUGUAGUCCGACCAAAGAAACAUUCUCUUCAUCCAGGUGACUUGCAGCUUCUUUUCAAUAUGAUCUUUGAAGCAGACGGUGUAAAAGCCGGUGGCGGCGAGAGCUGGAUACCUGUCUGUCUACCCGGGUUUAAUAGUUCGGGUUAUCUGUACAUGUAUGUCAGUUUCUUAGAUCUGAAUGACGACUCGGGAGGCGUGGUCACGGACGAUGACACACCAAAGGAUGAAUCUGCGGCCAUUGUUCUCAUAAGCGCGGACAAGGAGAGUUUUUUCCAGCUUCAAGAGAUGCGCAAUAAACUAGUUGAGCAAAUGCGCAAAAGUGGAAGUAUAAGGAUAAUAAAAGAAUCAAUCAAGAAGGGUAGACCUUUGCCAACCGACCUCGUCCCAGAUACAGUCCUCCGACAUUUCUUAUACAAAUCAAAGGCGCACGUACAAUUCGUCAUGUCUUCGUACGCACCAGAUUUUACGUCUCUGACUCGGCAUCGAAGACUGAUAUCAACCUACAACUCGCUCCACGAAAGCGUGCAUGCGCGGAACACACACGUCAAAAUACACUAUGGCACCAGCAGAUCCGCAAGCGCAUUUGCGUGGGUAACUCCCACCUUCGAGUUCUAUUGCAUAGCUGGGCCGGAUGCGACUCGCACCGCUCUCUCGCAAAGCGCAAAUAAGAUCCGUCAAUGGGUACACCAAGAAGAAGAGAGGCUAUUCAUUAUUGGUGGUGCAGUAUUUUAAUAAGCUGAUAGAUCUCUGGAUAGGGGAUUGAGCGGAUCGUUUAGUUAUUAGAUAGAUUAUGUAUAUACGCUUCAGAACUCCUGUAUAUGCCACGAAGUCUAUGUGUCCUCCCUUUAAACUCUAUACAACAACAAACACUUCCGCCGCCUUUCGCAGCCUGUUCAUCACCGCCGCCGCAAGGUCGCCCUCGUCGUCACGAAUACCCUCGAUAUAUAUUGCAUCCACAUUCUCAGCAUCCAGACUUCGCAAUGUAGCAAAUAGACCACGAGCAAUGGACUCCGCGCUGGCACC